GUAGAGCUCCUCUUUCUUGAACCACCAGGUGCCCUCGUGCACUCAAUUCGUGUUCUGCUAUCAAAGCACGAUCAGAGCAAACAAUGGCAGGUGUGAUGUCAGUUAAGGACUUCAUCGUUGCGACAAAAUACAAGCUCAUACGAAAAAUCGGAUCAGGAUCAUUCGGUGACAUUUAUGUAUCGAUCAACGUGACGAACGGCGAGGAGGUGGCCAUUAAGCUGGAAAGCAAUCGGGCGAGGCACCCGCAGUUGCUGUACGAGUCCAAAGUGUAUCGUAUCCUACAGGGAGGAGUCGGAAUUCCACAUAUCAGAUGGUACGGAACCGAGCGAGAGUACAAUGUGCUUGUCAUGGAUCUUCUCGGUCCUUCAUUGGAAGAUCUCUUCAAUUUCUGCUCCAGAAGAUUUACCAUGAAGACUGUUCUCAUGCUGGCUGACCAGAUGAUCGGACGUAUCGAAUAUGUGCAUGUCAAGAACUUUAUUCAUCGUGACAUAAAGCCAGACAACUUCUUGAUGGGAAUAGGACGUCACUGCAACAAGCUCUUCUUGAUCGACUUCGGAUUGGCCAAAAAAUACCGUGAUUCACGCACCAGAACUCAUAUUCCAUACAGAGAGGACAAGAACUUGACCGGUACCGCCAGAUACGCAUCCAUCAACGCCCACUUGGGAAUUGAGCAGUCGAGAAGAGAUGACAUGGAAUCCCUUGGAUACGUUUUGAUGUACUUCAACCGUGGAACUCUUCCAUGGCAAGGAUUGAAGGCCGCCACGAAAAAGCAAAAGUAUGAGAAGAUUUCUGAGAAGAAAAUGACGACAUCAGUCGAGCACUUGUGCAAAGGAUUCCCAGCUGAGUUCCCAAUGUACUUGAGCUACACAAGAGGACUUCGUUUCGAUGAAUCUCCAGAUUACAUGUACUUGCGGCAACUGUUCAGAAUUCUCUUCAGAACGCUCAAUCAUCAGUACGACUACACAUUCGACUGGACAAUGCUCAAACAAAAGGCUCAACAAUCGCAAUCCAGUGGCGUCCCCGGAACCAACACUACUACACAGGGAGCUACCGUUCCAUCAGCUGGAGUUCCAGCUGGAGUUGCACCAGGAGGAACUACUCCACAGUAAGACGUUUUGUUGCCGUCCUGAGGCUUUUUAAUCCAAAAAAGCCCAUGUUAAAUCAUGUACUAUCCUUUCUUUCGUCUCUCUACUCUUUUCAUUUUUUUCCCCUCUACUAUUUUUGUCUUUUCUUGGGCUAACAUGCCUCUUUAACUGUGUGCUGAAAAUUGUGGAAUGUUUUGUUGUAUUUUAUCUUUUAACCAAUUUUUUAACUAAAGAUGAAUACUCUCUACUUUUCGCAGUUUCAGCACUUUUAUUUGUCGUUUUAUAAAUAGUCUCAUCAUCUUCUCCUACUCUCUUUUAUUUCCUUCUUUUCCAUUUUAGUAGGAUUUUUAUUCCCCCAUUUUUCGAAUCGUUUUGACCUUUUUUUCUUGAAUGCCUCCCUAUCAACAUACCAAUAUAUUUUUCUCUCUAUUCCCCCCUACCAUUUUUCCCUUUCCUUUCUUCGUAAUGAUGAAAAUGUCCCAAUGUCGGGCACUCAAAAAUUAAAAAAAAUACUGAAAAAGUCAAGUGGCCGAACAUGUUUUUGGGUAUAACCGGCUCACCUUGACACACCCACCCCCUCUCUUUUGGCUCCAAAUGCCUCUCAAUACCCUCCCAUAACUUCCCCACCCAGAAAUCAGAGCCCCACUCCGUUCUUUUUUGUGUGUAAUCAAUAAAUUGUCGUAAUUCUCAUCACAUUGUUUUUUGCGACCUUUUCUGAAAACGACCAGAAAAGAUGCGCUUGAGUCUCUCACAUCUGCUGCUGUCGAAUUUUUUUCCGUUUAAACUUUAAAAUGAACAAGUUCAUCAUUUU